UUUAUAAUUGUCAUUCAUUAAUUUGUUUAUUUAUUUCAGAUUAUUUAUUUAACAUGAAUGAUAAUCUUAUGUGAAUUACUUGUAUAUUAGAUCCAAAAAAAGAAUAAGAUCAGAUCAUUGUAUUUGUCAACAGAAGAAAAUAAACAAAUCACCACCAUCAUCAUCACCAUCACCAUCACCACCACCAACAACAACAAUAACAACAACAACAACGAGUUGGAUCUAAUAGUGAUCAUUCUAAAAACCAAAUACAAACAUUAAUCUAACUGAAAUUUCAUCUAAUUGAUUACUUCCUUGAUUACAUAACAUUUGAUUAUUAUCAUAUUUAUAUAUAUGUAUAUGUAUAUAGAUUACAAGGGAAUUAUAUAACUCAUAUAAAUGGGGAUACAAAUUAUUGAUCAUUUAUUAAUUUUCUCUUUAUUAUUAUUAUUAUGUCCAAUAAUUAUUUGGGCUGAAUUAUCAUCUUCAUCAUCAUCAUCGUCAUCAUCAUCAUCAUCAUCAUCAUCAACAUUAAUGACUACAAUUUCUCCUGUAAAAUUAAUUAAUUCUAAAAUAAUUUAUUCAAUUGAUAUGGAUCCAAUUGGAAUAUGUCAACCACCAUGUUUAAAUAAUGGAAUAUGUCGUCGUCAUCUUCAUCCUCAUAGUAGUAAUAGUAGUAGUAGUAGUAGUAAUGAUAAUUUAAAUGAAAAUGAUUCAAAAUGUAUAUGUACACCAGAUUUCAAAGGGAUUGAUUGUAGUGAAGAGGCAGAAACAGAUUUAACAAAUUGUCAAGAAUCAACAUGUAAAUAUGGGGGAACAUGUACUGGUACAUCUAAAUCACCAAAAUGUUUAUGUAAAGAUCAUACACGUGGGAAACGAUGUGAAAGACAUGAUCUUAUAUUUACCGUAGAACUUAAAAUUUACGAUAAUGGUAAAGAAGCUGUCUGGCAAAAAGACUUUGAAGAUAAGUCAAGUUAUUUAUCUACUGUAAAAGCAUUAGAUGUUUGUAAACUUCUUAAAUUAAGUAUCAUUCAUGGAUCAAAUCUACAAUUAUCUAGUUCAUUUAUUGAUUGUCAUUUAAUAACUUAUCAUAAAAUAUCUGUAAUUAUAGAAGUUGCAUUAAUAUUAGAUAUAGACUUAUCAUUGAUUUCAUUGAUAACAUCAACAUUAAUACAAAAUCAAAUUAUCACUGGAUUAAAAACAAUCGAUAAAAGUUUAGAUGAAUUCAAAACUAUUUCAAUUAAUGAUAUUAUUUCUGGUAAUUCAUCAACAUUUAAAGUUUAUGUUCAUGAUCCUUGUAAAAACGGAAAUCAUGAUUGUUCAAUAAAUGCUAAAUGUAUUGUACAACCACAAGGUACUUAUAUAUGCGAGUGUAAUCCUUUUACAAUUGAUGCAUCAUUUGACGCUAAUUAUCCUGGACGACGUUGUAUGUGUAAGUAUUGAUUUGAUCUAAUAAUGGUCAUGAUUGUAAUCACAAAUUGAUAUAAGUUAGAUAACUAUUGGAAAUGUGUGACUCCUUAGUAGCGACGCAUCCGCCACUUCACAACUGGGAGUCGAACCUAGGAUUUUCAGCCUUGUGAGUAAACGAUUAUCCUGUAGGCUAUUGAGCUCGAUUCCAAUGGUAUACAAGUUUAACUUCAAUCAAUCUGUUUUUGCUUUGCAUUAAAACGCUAGAAACCCAUAAUGACAACAAUGAUAACAAUGGUAAUAAUAAUAGGUGGUAGUCAGAAAACUCAAAUUACAUAGAGGACGAAGUGCUAAAGAAGACUUGGUAAGUAUCACUUCCAUAACUAUCGUUAACAGGUCUUUAGUGCAUAUGAUAGAUCAUCUCAAAGAGGUUCCUUCCAGUGCGUGAGAAAACGACAGGUCACAAUGAUAUUACUACUUAUACGACAGUAUGUGUAGCCGCGUACCACAAUAUACACAGAUAACUGGAGACCAUAUGAAUGCUCACAUACACUUGGUUACGUGCAUCGUAGACCCCACCACCGGAGUACACAAAAAUAAUAUAGACGCAAUGUGACUGAGACUAAAAUAAUUUUCGCUAACUUAUCAUGGCUCCAGAGGUCGAUUAUUAUGGAGUCACAUGGAUGAGUUCCUGUAUCGUGUACAUUACGAUUUUAGAACUGCAGAGCCUCUCCAUAAUGUUGAAAAGUUUUUAAAGCAAGUUACAGAAGUGCGUCCACUCUAAAUUUUUUGGUUUUUUAUAAUAUAUUCUUACUCCAUACUGACUGUUUUCCAAUUUACUGAAAUUUCUCAAUGUCAUUUGGGAUUCUUUCCAAGGUCAUCCGUAAAUUCUUAUCUUGCUGGUGAAUUCAAUUGAUGAUUCCCAAAUAAGAUGAAAAAUAUGUCUUGGAUCCCACUACUAUACACGAUCCAGCUAUUGUAAAUAAGAUUGAUUAUCAUAUCGAUUAUAAAGAAAAUUCCCUUGGAAUUAAAGACUUUUAGGAAUGGUCUGCUAUGGUUCCAUAGUUUAAUGUAACCAAACUUUGAUCAACAUUCCUCCAUAUUUUCCUACUAGGUAUGGUUAGAGAUUUGAUAAAUGUUACUACAACCGUAUUUUAACGUAUGGUUCAUGACAUAUAGCGAGACGUUCAGUGGCCAACACAAGAUCACUACUCACGCUUCAUAAAGUUGAAAGAUUUAAUGAUAUUCAUCUCAUUUUAGACUGUAGUUCAUUUAUAAGCGGAGAUGAAUGGUGGCUAACAGUAGAAUACAGAAUUCACGUUUCGCUCUAUUUCGUACUCAACAUCUGGAUGUACCUGCAUUCUACAGUACAUGUUCACUCCUGUACUCGAGCUCAGUAUCCUCCGCUACAAAUACCACUAGCUUAUCCAUUUAGAUACUGAAUUCAGACAACCACUGGUUUGUGCAACAGAAUGAAUUUUAAUUGAUGCGCAUUAGUUUUUGAAAUUUAAUGAUUAAUUAUGGAGUUAUAGAAUUAAUAAGAGUUUCAAUGUUAGUAGUAGUAGUAGUAUUAGUAGUAG